ACAGUCCAAGUCCAGGCAGCCCCUUAUAUUCAUAGCAAUUACUGGAUCUGUACAUGGGGCUUCAAUGCUCUGGAUGUUUCCAAUGUGAUCAACUUCUUAUUUUCAAUUUACCUUGACAGCAUUUGACCUUCUUUGAAGAUACAAUAUGAUCUUCAUUUCUGCUAAAAAACUUCAUCUUGUUUUUUAUUUGUCAAUAGGUCUACUGAGUCUAUCACUGCUAACAGAAUGUGAGAAAAUUAAGCUGGUCGGGCCUUCACGAUGCUCUGGUAGGGUGGAGAUCUACCACAGAGACAGCUGGGGGACGGUUUGUGAUGAUCACUGGAGCACUGCCAAUGCUGACGUUGUGUGUCGAGAGUUAAACUGUGGGGCAGUUCUUGAGGCCAAAAAAGAGGCCUUUUUCGGAGAGGGACAGGGUGAGAUCUGGUUGGAUGAUGUGCAAUGUACUGGUCAUGAGUCUUCCAUUCUCAAGUGCACACACAGUCCACUUGGGGAAAAUAACUGUGGCCAUGGUGAAGAUGCUGGGGUUGUCUGUUCAGGUAAUCCAUUGAUAAGGCUUGUCAAUGGCACUGACCGAUGUUCUGGUAGAGUGGAGGUUCUGCAUGACGGCCAGUGGGGAACAGUUUGUGAUGAUGACUGGGACAUCAGAGAUGCUCAGGUGGUGUGCAGAGCCAUGGACUGUGGGCCAGCUCUGACAGUCAAAUCUGGUGCCGUCUUUGGUCAAGGCCAAGGAGACAUCUGGCUGGAUGAUGUCAACUGCAUCGGUAAUGAAACGUCCCUUUUGCACUGCCAACAUCCCACCCUCGGAGAAAAUAACUGUGGACAUGGUGAAGAUGCCGGCGUGGUGUGCUCAGAAAGUUUGGAAGUUCGGUUGGCUGAUGGUAAGGAUGAGUGCUCUGGCAGAGUAGAGGUCCGUCAUGGCGAGGUGUGGCAAACGGUGUGUGACACAGACUGGACCCUGAGUAAAGCUGAGGUGGUGUGUGAGCAGCUGGAAUGCGGACAUGCAGUGAACGCUUAUGGCGGUGCCCAUUUUGGCCAAGGCAGUGGAUUAGUAGUGGAGGCUAGCGAUUCAUGUUUUGACAAUGUGACAUCUCUUCAGCAAUGCUUGCUCAAAGGUUUCAGAAGAGCAACAUGUGGGCAUGAACAUGAUGCUGGUGCUCUCUGUGCAGCACCGCUCCGGUUGGUCGAUGGCUUAGGUGAAUGCUCUGGUAGAGUGGAGAUCCUAUAUAAAGGCCAGUGGGGAACUGUGUGUGAUGAUGAAUGGGAAAUGAGCAAUGCCGAGGUGGUAUGUAGACAGGUCGGCUGCGGUCAGGCAGUUUCUGCUCCCACAAGUGCCCACUUUGGAAGAGGCACUGGUCCAAUAUGGCUGGAUAAUGUAAAGUGUACAGGCCAAGAGUCUGCUCUCACACACUGUACGCAUCCCACCCUCGGAGAAAAUAACUGUGGACAUGGUGAAGAUGCCGGCGUGGUGUGCUCAGCUACCAUUAGACUAAUGAAUGGGACUGACCAGUGCUCAGGCAGGGUGGAGGUCCACCAUGGUGGCCGAUGGUCACCAGCAUAUAAUGUUGACUGGGGAAUGAAUGAAGCUGUAGUGGUGUGCAGAGAGAUGAAUUGUGGAGAUCCUGUCAAGGUGUCAGGAUCAUUUGGUCAAGGCGGAGCACUGAGAGGAUAUAAGAUCACCUGUAGCGGUGGAGAGCGCUCUCUCACACAGUGCACACUGACAGAAUAUGUCAGGAACAGCCACGAUCAUAUUGAAGAGGCAUCUGUCGAAUGUUCAGGUAAUCCAUUGAUAAGGCUUGUCAAUGGCACUGACCGAUGUUCUGGUAGAGUGGAGGUUCUGCAUGACGGCCAGUGGGGAACAGUUUGUGAUGAUGACUGGGACAUCAGAGAUGCUCAGGUGGUGUGCAGAGCCAUGGACUGUGGGCCAGCUCUGACAGUCAAAUCUGGUGCCGUCUUUGGUCAAGGCCAAGGAGACAUCUGGCUGGAUGAUGUCAACUGCAUCGGUAAUGAAACGUCCCUUUUGCACUGCCAACAUCCCACCCUCGGAGAAAAUAACUGUGGACAUGAUAAAGAUGCCGGCGUGGUGUGCUCAGCUACCAUUAGACUAAUGAAUGGGGCUGACCAGUGCUCAGGCAGGGUGGAGGUCCACCAUGGUGGCCGAUGGUCACCAGCAUAUAAUGUUGACUGGGGAAUGAAUGAAGCUGUAGUGGUGUGCAGAGAGAUGAAUUGUGGAGAUCCUGUCAAGGUGUCAGGAUCAUUUGGUCAAAGCGGAGCACUGAGAGGAUAUAAGAUCACCUGUAGCGGUGGAGAGCGCUCUCUCACACAGUGCACACUGACAGAAUAUGUCAGGACCAGCCACGAUCAUAUUGAAGAGGCAUCUGUCGAAUGUUCAGGCAAUGUGAAGUUGGCCGAUGGGCGCAGUCGAUGUGUUGGAAGAGUGGAGUUCUAUGACCAAGGCCAGUGGCGGACUGUGUGUGGUGAAUCCUGGGAUGUGAAGGAUGCAGCGGUGGUGUGCAGACAGCUGGACUGCGGGAGGGCUCAUAAGAUUACCACCAUGGCCGAGUAUGGUCAUGGCACAGGACGGACCUGGAUUGAUCAAAUUGAAUGCAAUGGACUGGAGUCAACACUGACUCAGUGUCCACAAAAAACAUUUAUAGACAAAACUUGCAACACUAACUCAGUUGCUGGUGUUGUCUGCACAGAAAGUUUGGAAGUUCGGUUGGCUGAUGGUAAGGAUGAGUGCUCUGGCAGAGUAGAGGUCCGUCAUGGCGAGGUGUGGCAAACGGUGUGUGACACAGACUGGACCCUGAGUAAAGCUGAGGUGGUGUGUGAGCAGCUGGAAUGCGGACAUGCAGUGAACGCUUAUGGCGGUGCCCAUUUUGGCCAAGGCAGUGGAUUAGUAGUGGAGGCUAGCGAUUCAUGUUUUGACAAUGUGGCAUCUCUUCAACAAUGCUCACUCAAAGGUUUCAGAAGAGCAACGUGUGGGCAUGAACAUGAUGCUGGUGCUCUCUGUGCAGCACCGCUCCGGUUGGUCGGUGGCUUAGGUGAAUGCUCUGGUAGAGUGGAGAUCCUAUAUAAAGGCCAGUGGGGAACUGUGUGUGAUGAUGAAUGGGAAAUAAGCAAUGCCGAGGUGGUAUGUAGACAGGUCGGCUGCGGUCAGGCAGUUUCUGCUCUCACAAGUGCCCACUUUGGAAGAGGCACUGGUCCAAUAUGGCUGGAUAAUGUAAAGUGUACGGGCCAAGAGUCUGCUCUCACACACUGUACGCAUCCCACCCUCGGAGAAAAUAACUGUGGACAUGGUGAAGAUGCCGGCGUGGUGUGCUCAGCUACCAUUAGACUAAUGAAUGGGACUGACCAGUGCUCAGGCAGGGUGGAGGUCCACCAUGGUGGCCGAUGGUCACCAGCAUAUAAUGUUGACUGGGGAAUGAAUGAAGCUAUAGUGGUGUGCAGAGAGAUGAAUUGUGGAGAUCCUGUCAAGGUGUCAGGAUCAUUUGGUCAAGGCGGAGCACUGAGAGGAUAUAAGAUCACCUGUAGCGGUGGAGAGCGCUCUCUCACACAGUGCACACUGACAGAAUAUGUCAGGACCAGCCAUCAUAUUGAAGAGGCAUCUGUCGAAUGUUCAGGUAAUCCAUUGAUAAGGUUUGUCAAUGGCACUGACCGAUGUUCUGGUAGAGUGGAGGUUCUGCAUGACGGCCAGUGGGGAACAGUUUGUGAUGAUGACUGGGACAUCAGAGAUGCUCAGGUGGUGUGCAGAGCCAUGGACUGUGGGCCAGCUCUGACAGUCAAAUCUGGUGCCGUCUUUGGUCAAGGCCAAGGAGACAUCUGGCUGGAUGAUGUCAACUGCAUCGGUAAUGAAACGUCCCUUUUGCACUGCCGACAUCGCGCCCUCGGAGAAAAUAACUGUGGACAUGGUGAAGAUGCCGGCGUGGUGUGCUCAGCUACCAUUAGACUAAUGAAUGGGGCUGACCAGUGCUCAGGCAGGGUGGAGGUCCACCAUGGUGGCCGAUGGUCACCAGCAUAUAAUGUUGACUGGGGAAUGAAUGAAGCUAUAGUGGUGUGCAGAGAGAUGAAUUGUGGAGAUCCUGUCAAGGUGUCAGGAUCAUUUGGUCAAAGCGGAGCACUGAGAGGAUAUAAGAUCACCUGUAGCGGUGGAGAGCGCUCUCUCACACAGUGCACACUGACAGAAUAUGUCAGGACCAGCCACGAUCAUACUGAAGAGGCAUCUGUCGAAUGUUCAGGCAAUGUGAAGUUGGCCGAUGGGCGCAGUCGAUGUGUUGGAAGAGUGGAGUUCUAUGACCAAGGCCAGUGGCGGACUGUGUGUGGUGAAUCCUGGGAUGUGAAGGAUGCAGCGGUGGUGUGCAGACAGCUGGACUGCGGGAGGGCUCAUAAGAUUACCACCAUGGCCGAGUAUGGUCAUGGCACAGGACGGACCUGGAUUGAUCAAAUUGAAUGCAAUGGACUGGAGUCAACACUGACUCAGUGUCCACAAAAAACAUUUAUAGACAAAACUUGCAACACUAACUCAGUUGCUGAUAUAGUCUGCACAGAAAGUUUGGAAGUUCGGUUGGCUGAUGGUAAGGAUGAGUGCUCUGGCAGAGUAGAGGUCCGUCAUGGCGAGGUGUGGCAAACGGUGUGUGACACAGACUGGACCCUGAGUAAAGCUGAGGUGGUGUGUGAGCAGCUGGAAUGCGGACAUGCAGUGAACGCUUAUGGCGGUGCCCAUUUUGGCCAAGGCAGUGGAUUAGUAGUGGAGGCUAGCGAUUCAUGUUUUGACAAUGUGGCAUCUCUUCAACAAUGCUCACUCAAAGGUUUCAGAAGAGCAACGUGUGGGCAUGAACAUGAUGCUGGUGCUCUCUGUGCAGCACCGCUCCGGUUGGUCGGUGGCUUAGGUGAAUGCUCUGGUAGAGUGGAGAUCCUAUAUAAAGGCCAGUGGGGAACUGUGUGUGAUGAUGAAUGGGAAAUGAGCAAUGCCGAGGUGGUAUGUAGACAGGUCGGCUGCGGUCAGGCAGUUUCUGCUCCCACAAGUGCCCGCUUCGGAAGAGGCACUGGUCCAAUAUGGCUGGAUAAUGUAAAGUGUACAGGCCAAGAGUCUGCUCUCACACACUGUACGCAUCCCACCCUCGGAGAAAAUAACUGUGGACAUGGUGAAGAUGCCGGCGUGGUGUGCUCAGCUACCAUUAGACUAAUGAAUGGGACUGACCAGUGCUCAGGCAGGGUGGAGGUCCACCAUGGUGGCCGAUGGUCACCAGCAUAUAAUGUUGACUGGGGAAUGAAUGAAGCUGUAGUGGUGUGCAGAGAGAUGAAUUGUGGAGAUCCUGUCAAGGUGUCAGGAUCAUUUGGUCAAAGCGGAGCACUGAGAGGAUAUAAGAUCACCUGUAGCGGUGGAGAGCGCUCUCUCACACAGUGCACACUGACAGAAUAUGUCAGGAACAGCCACGAUCAUAUUGAAGAGGCAUCUGUCGAAUGUUCAGGUAAUCCAUUGAUAAGGUUUGUCAAUGGCACUGACCGAUGUUCUGGUAGAGUGGAGGUUCUGCAUGACGGCCAGUGGGGAACAGUUUGUGAUGAUGACUGGGACAUCAGAGAUGCUCAGGUGGUGUGCAGAGCCAUGGACUGUGGGCCAGCUCUGACAGUCAAAUCUGGUGCCGUCUUUGGUCAAGGCCAAGGAGACAUCUGGCUGGAUGAUGUCAACUGCAUCGGUAAUGAAACGUCCCUUUUGCACUGCCGACAUCGCCCUCGGAGAACUACCAUUAGACUAAUGAAUGGGGCUGACCAGUGCUCAGGCAGGGUGGAGGUCCACCAUGGUGGCCGAUGGUCACCAGCAUAUAAUGUUGACUGGGGAAUGAAUGAAGCUAUAGUGGUGUGCAGAGAGAUGAAUUGUGGAGAUCCUGUCAAGGUGUCAGGAUCAUUUGGUCAAGGCGGAGCACUGAGAGGAUAUAAGAUCACCUGUAGCGGUGGAGAGCGCUCUCUCACACAGUGCACACUGACAGAAUAUGUCAGGACCAGCCACGAUCAUACUGAAGAGGCAUCUGUCGAAUGUUCAGAAAGUUUGGAAGUUCGGUUGGCUGAUGGUAAGAAUGAGUGCUCUGGCAGAGUAGAGGUCCUGUCAUGGCGAGGGUGGCAAACGGUGUGUGACACAGACUGGACCCUGAGUAAAGCUGAGGUGGUGUGUGAGCAGCUGGAAUGCGGACAUGCAGUGAACGCUUAUGGCGGUGCCCAUUUUGGCCAGGGCAGUGGAUUAGUAGUGGAGGCUAGCGAUUCAUGUUUUGACAAUGUGACAUCUCUUCAGCAAUGCUCACUCAAAGGUUUCAGAAGAGCAACGUGUGGGCAUGAACAUGAUGCUGGUGCUCUCUGUGCAGCACCGCUCCGGUUGGUCGGUGGCUUAGGUGAAUGCUCUGGUAGAGUGGAGAUCCUAUAUAAAGGCCAGUGGGGAACUGUGUGUGAUGAUGAAUGGGGAAUGAGCAAUGCCGAGGUGGUAUGUAGACAGGUCGGCUGCGGUCAGGCAGUUUCUGCUCCCACAAGUGCCCGCUUCGGAAGAGGCACUGGUCCAAUAUGGCUGGAUAAUGUAAAGUGUACAGGCCAAGAGUCUGCUCUCACACACUGUACGCAUCCCACCCUCGGAGAAAAUAACUGUGGACAUGGUGAAGAUGCCGGCGUUAUCUGUUUAGGUGUUCUACAGAAGCCCCAAAUCAGUUUGAGUCCUGCUCCAGAGGUAAACUGGGGUGACAGAGUUGAAAUCACCUGCACUGUAGUAACAGAACACUUGGGUGGGAUAUUUGUCCUGAAAAAGAGCCAAGGAUCAUUUAAAAUGGAAAAACACUCUGAACACGAAGCUGUAACCUUUACCUUCCCUACAGUGGACUUCACCCAAAAUGGGUCAUACUUCUGUGAAUAUAAAAAGAAAUUUAACAAUCAAAUCAUCCAUUACCCUCAAGGAAAUACUGCUGAGCUCUCUGUCACAGUGAAAUUGGAGACGCCCAGCAUCUACCUGACAUCUCAUGCAUGGAUGAUCGACAGCCGUAACAAUAUAUUAGUCACCCAAGGCAACAAAUUCUCCGUCACUUGCUCUAUUCAUUCCAGAUAUCCUGGAGGUUUCUUUUAUCUGACAAAGCCUAACACAAGCACCACUGAAGCAAAGCCAGCAUUGGGUCACUCUGUCUUCUACCAGGCACACUUUGAAUUCCCUCCAAUAGAUUAUAAACACCAAGGAGAAUAUAACUGUGUGUACGGUGUUAACAUCUCCUCAAUGUCCUUCUGUUCUGUUCCCUCCAAGUCACUCAAAGUGACUGUAGUCAGUAAGACCUAAGGAGCCCUCUCCUUCGCUAACUCCACUACAUGAUCUUUUAAUACCUACAGCAACCAGCAAAUACUAGGGCUUAAUAUUGUAAUACUAGGGCUUGCGUAUUAGUUAAAUAUGUACGUAUGUACAAGAGUGAAUCAGUGAGCAUGUAGAAAAAAUUAUGGGUGAAAUGAUUUAUAUUACAAUGUUCAUGAAACAAUGUGACAAAACUAAAGCAUCAAGGUGAAGUUGAAUGAAUGAAGUGGUCAUUUUGUAAAAUGGCGAAACGUGCAGCUGCAACCGGAAGCAAAUUGAGGAAAUUCAUUGUGUGCAAACAGAUGGCCAAACCAGGCAACGCAAGGUGCCGAACAGACAAGUCAGUAAGACAAUAUCGUGUACAGCCUCCAUUGUAAGUCUCUUUUAGUAUGAGCUGUAUAAACGAAUUAUCGAUCAUCUUAUGUUUAAUAAUGAUGAUUGAGAUAUCAGCACCAAUGAUAAACCUUUUUCUCAUUUUGACUUGUCAUAGCAGAAAAAUCACAGGUGAAACAAAUUUCAUUAACAAUGGCUGUGUUCCAUUAAGUGCCAUAGUAAGCCAACACAGUGAGCCUGCAUGCACAAUAUUAGGACUCUGGAACCAGCUCACCUGAAUGGAAUGCAGUCGUCUUUAAUGUUAUCAAUUACACCUGUGCUUUACAUGCCAAAAUGUCUGCUGUGAAAAAGGUCUAUAGACAGACAGAAGUAGGCAAGGCACAGUGGCCGGGAUACGUCGAUCCAGGGAGUAAAUAUGAUCAAACUGUUGCUUUUCUGAAGAGUUGGUGUGAAUCACUGGCAAGAGACAGAUGCAUUCACAUCUUUUCAACAUUUGGUGAGAAUCCUAGCAAUCAGCUUUCAGUCUGUUUCAAAAGCUUCUUGGUUGCAUUUACACUUAACGUCGUUGAUAUCAGAUGUCUAUCUGAUCCGCCAAAGACACAUGAAGUGCGAAUGGGGUCUAAAGGUACUUUAGAACUGAAGUGCUUUCUUGUGACCCCCUUGUCACAGGUAGCAUAUGUCCAUGAGUCGUGAAACAAGGAAUGAUUUUCUCUUCUUAGAUUGUUUCAUUUGAAUCACUUUUAUCUAUAAUUGAUUAAAGAAAUGCCAGAAUAAAAUUGUUUUGUCUAACAGAAAAA